AGUCGUUGUUUAUGUAUCAAUUACCACUUUACAUUAUAAAAUGGAUAUAUCUGCAUAUCAACAAAUGAAUAUUCGAAUGAGCAGCCGUGGAAAACGGCCGCUUCGUAACCUUACACCGAAUGACAAAGUGCGAGCUAUUCAACGUAUUCAUAAUGGCGAAACAAAAGCUUCUGUUUCCAGGGAUAUUGGUGUACCCGAAUCCACGCUACGCGGUUGGUGCAAAAACGAGCAGAAACUCAGAUUUAUGUGCCGGCAACUGGGUUCAGGUGCAAAUCAUCUUGGCAUACCAAAUUUAGAAAUUCCUCCAGAAAAACGUGGAAAAUUUGAAGUGCAGCUUUUGUCUAAUUCAUUUUCGUCGAUACCAAAUUAUGAAAAAAUAGCUUUUGGCGGUGCGGCAUUUUCAACUAUGGAAUUUACAGCUCAAAAUGAACAACUGAUAGAAAAGCUGGCUUUGGCCGAAUUUAUAGAGAAAAAUGAGUUGUGUCCUAAUAUAUUGAAAAAUAUCAAGCAGGCGAACUCUGUUACUACGUGUAUAGAGCCAUCAGGAUCGGAUUUUUCAGCCAAUCAUAUGCUAAAUCAAUUUAACUUGUUGGCACUGCUUAGUGCAAAAUCGCCAGGCAUUUGUGGUAAUACCACCAAAGCUCAGUUAAAAGGAACAAAUCACUCAACUCUAAGUGUCAAAAAUUGGGCCAAAAAUCCAGAUGAGAUUUUGUCACACUCGGCCGAGCUUCAAAGUCAUUUCGACGGCACAAACAGCAAUGGUCCAUUGGAAAACAUUGUUACGACAUGUACUCAUGCUGAAGCAACUACUUCAUCUACGAUUUCGGGGGUUAAUUUGUUCUCAAUACCUGAAAUUUCUUUUGCAGCCGAUGCCAUUCAGGUUACAGCUCUUUUAGAUUGGUGUAAAAUUUUUAAUGCUAGUCUUAACAUCCUCGCUAUUGCUGCUUCUUCUGCAUCCGUGCAGCCCGAAUACAUACCCACAUUAACCAAAAAGUCCGAUGAGUUCGAUGAAGCAUCUCGAGCGGUCUUAAAAAAAUGUAAUCCAGUAGUACACAGCGAAUCCUCUAAUGAAAGCUACUACGACAGCGGGCCCGAAGAUCUCUCCAUUCGUUCAAGUGCUUCAAAAUCGUCCAGUCCAUCAAACAGCAGAUCUCAAAGCCCCAAUAAGAGUAAUCACAGCGAUGGUGAGCAGUAGUCGUUGCUACUACUGUAAAUCUCUUAAUGAGAGAAAUCGUAUAUAAUAAAUAUAUCUUAGUUUUAUUACUACACUAAGCAUUUGUAGGUAUUACUUUAAAAACGAAUUGAAAUAAGGAUUUAAAUAUGUUUUUAUUCGCUUGUGCAUAUUUUGCA